CUUUCUAAAUUGAAUCGGGCAACGUUAGAGGUAAACAUUCCAGUGAGGUCUGUAUAUUCAUUCACGGGCUUGUUUCAGUUUUACUGAAUCGGUAACAGCCCCUUCUCUUCGGGACAAGUGUUUCGGUGAUACCCCUCUAAGUAUGGAUUCUGUUAAUAAUGGGUUUGGAAGUGCCAGGAUGGCUGGAUCAAUGGAGGGUGCCACUGGAUCAAUGGAGGGUGGAACCCUGCCCCCUGGUCUCACUGAAGAGGAAGCAGAUGAGUUGAGAGUGGAACUAUCUAAGGUGGAGGAUGAGAUCCAGACUUUAAGGCAGGUGUUGGCUGCCAAGGAGAGGCACGCUGGAGACAUCAAGAGACAACUGGGCAUCAGUCCGCUCAAUGAGAUCAAACAGAACAUCUCAAAGGGAUGGCAGGAUGUCCAGUCCUCCAAUGCCUAUGUGCAAACCAAAGAGAAACUUGGACAGUGGAAUGAAAGCAUUACCCACUCAAAUGUUUACCUUACAGCCUCUGCCACUCUGGACGACAUAAGCCGAUCUGACGCGUAUAAGAAGACCCAGGAGACUCUCUCCCAGGCAGGCCAGGUGACCUCCGCAGCCUUUUCCAGCAUGGGCGCAGCCAUCAGCCAGAGAAUUGGGACCAUGAGACUUGGUUACUCCGUGCAUCACUCCUUAAGUAUGCCAUCGAUGAGGAGCUCACCCUCGUUCAGGUCCUUUGAGGAACGGGUGGGAAGCCUGAGGAAGUAACCAGGACCCAGCUCUCUCUCACUCCUGAUAAAGAAAAAGCUAGCCUGUGCCCGGUGACAUGGUGAAGGAUCUCUGAUGGUAUCAAGCCCUCCAGUGAAAACACCCCUCGAUAACCUCUUAACUGCACUCCUUAAACCAGCUGUUGUGAAUGUACAAAUAAAUGUGUGUACGGAAAAGGGACAAGCACAACUGAACUCUAGAUCUCUAGAGUCUUGGAUAAACUCAUCUUUAGAGAUAUAUUUAUUUUUUGUUUAUUUCUGUACAGUUCACUUUUAAUGCUGCACCGCCUUAAUGAUAUGAAAUCUACGCUAAGAUUUUGCAGCAGAAGUUCAAAUAUGUUGUCCAAACCUAAUGUCUAAAAUAAUCCAAGAACAUCCUGGAUGACCCUCUUUGUCAGUCACAAGAAUAUUCUGUGAAAGAAAUCUGAAUUCUGGUUGUUUAACCGCAAAUUAACAUUGGAGUUAGUCUGGCAUUUACUCACAUUUAGUAUCAGUUUGUGUUUCCGUUUAUAUUAGGAAAGGAACAUUGGCCCUUCUUAUAUAUGUAGUUUUACAAUCUACCCUGUCUGCUUUUUGGCUUGUAUGUUUAGUGAUGAAUGUUAUUAGACUUUGUACCGACCUCAGACUGUUUUGAAGGAUAUAAUUGCUGGAAUAUCUGGAAUACCAGGAUCAGUCUUCAAGGGCAUUUUAAAACGACCAGACUGCUUACACACUUACAACUGACCUGCCGCAGCAAUCGACAUUUGUAGCCCCUGUAGACAGUGUUACUUGUUUAUCUUGAAUGUACAGUGUCUCAUUUAUGACUUGGAUUGCUUGACAGUAAAAAGGGCUAUGUGUAGUUUGCAAGCCACUUUGUGGUCUUGAACCAAAUGUUCUUUAAAAACACUAGUGAUUACUACAUUGUUUGGAAGCUGCUACAGGGCUCAUUUAACAAUUUGUUUUACACUCAUUUAAAAUCUGUGCAUGAAGCUCCCACUGUGAUGUCAGAAGAGCAGGAUGGUUUAUUAUUCUAUGCAAAAACCUAGUCACAGUGACUUAAAUGUCUAAAUGCACAUAGGGCUUUUCUUUUCUUUUGAAGGUGGCAAGAUCAUGUUUGCCAGAAUUUAUGUUAAAACUUGUUUCUCAGUGUAGAUGGACUUUUCUGUUAUUAUGGAGAAGCUGUAUCAGACUGUUGUCAGGGAAAAAAGUGACGUUACCUCUCAGUCAAAACUUUAAGGAAUAGUUGAAAUACACAUUACAAUAGCGGCCUUGGGAGCGUUUGUGGGAACUACACUUUGCAUAAUCACUCAGUUAAACAGGUCAAGUGUCUGAUGUAAGGUCGGUGGGUUGUGUCAUAAUCAAUGACCAUGGGGAUCACAUUUUAAUGAUGAUAGUACUAGUAUACAUAUUAAUUUUUGACAGUACUUUGACUCAAGUUACAAUGGAUAUUUAUUGCUUUUUGGCUUUUGGUGACUUCAAUAAAGGAUAGAAAACAGUA